AUGUCUGUUUCUUCUUCUUCAUCUCCUACUCAUUUAAUGCCCAUUGAUCCUCGUGUUUAUUGUGAAACAAUGAAUGAACUUCAUUCAUACAUCACAAGUUCGAAACGUGGUUAUUUAACUCAAGCUGAACUUUUUCGUUAUUACCGACAACGACAUGAAAAUGCAGAAAUACCUUAUCGUUUAUUAGGUUAUCGAUCAUUACUUGAUUUACUUAGUAGUGAUCAACGUCUAUUUGCAAUUGAUUUACGUCGUGAACCUGCUUAUGUUUAUUCAGCAGUCAAACUUCGACAACAAAAACGAGAACAACGACAAGGUAGUACAAGUUUUUCUCGUCAACAUCAUUCAACGAAUACACUUGAAGAUCAACAUGUAACAUCUCAUGAUUAUAUCUUUUUUGAUCAUCAUGUAUCAUUGAAUGAACAAGAACAAAAUAUUUCAUCAGUUAAUGAAAAUGAAAAUGAACCAUCAAAUGAUGAUGUACAAAAUGAACGUCCAUUAACACCAAAUAAUUCGAAUCGUUUUAAUACCAAUGCUUGGCAAACACCACAAUCAAAUGAACAAAUUCCAUUAAUGGAAAAACAAAUAAAUUCAGAGGAGAGUAACGAAGAAGCUAUUCAAUUUGUAUCUAAUCCAUUUUUACCAUUACCAACUGUUCGCCUUUCAUUGGAAAAACUCAAAGAUUCAUCAUUUGUUAAAUGUGAAAAUCAAUAUCAACCAGUUCAACGAAGAAUCAUUUCUCAGGAUGAUGAUGAUAAUGAUGAAAAUAAUAAACGUUCAUUAACUAGAGAUAAGACACUAUUAAAAGUGUCAUCUGGUCGUCUUAAUCGAUCGAUAAGUACAUCAACAUCAACAACAACAUUAUCGAAAACAUAUUCAUUUCAUAUAAUUGAUGCAUAUAUAUUUCUUUUCACUGUUGUUAUUUCAUUUGUUUUUCUUGGUAUUUAUCUGUUAAAAAUUUGUUAA